AUGGAGAGUCCGAGGAGUGUUCAGCAUUCAGUACAGAGCAGUACUGACCGGAUCUGUGAGCAGAAUAAAGCAGGGGAACAACAUCGAAGAAGGAUAGACGAACAAAGCGCGAAUGGAACCGAGUUCUCCCGAAUCAUCACGGAUGCGCUCACGGGCAAAUGCUACUGCCGGGGAAAAGUGCUCGGGAAGGGAGGUUUUGCCAAAUGCUACGAGCUUACGGAUUUAUCAGCUGGAAAAGUGUAUGCAGCCAAAAUCAUCCCGCACGCGCGCGUGGCCAAACCGCAUCAGCGCGAGAAGAUUAACAGAGAGAUCGAGUUGCACAGAGGGCUAAAUCAUAAACACAUCGUUCAUUUCUAUCACCAUUUCGAAGAUAAAGACAACAUCUAUAUUCUACUGGAGUACUGCAGCAGAAGAUCACUGGCACACAUCCUGAAAGCACGCAAAGUACUAACUGAGCCAGAGGUGAGGUACUACCUGAAGCAGACAGUAUCUGCCCUGAAAUAUCUACACGAUCAAGAGAUUCUACAUCGAGACCUCAAACUAGGAAACCUGUUUGUGAAUGACUCAAUGGAGCUAAAGGUUGGGGAUUUCGGCUUGGCUGUCAAAUUGGAGCCAACAAGCAACAGAAGAAAGACCAUCUGUGGCACACCAAAUUACCUUUCUCCAGAGGUGCUGAAUAAACAGGGCCAUGGAUGGGAGUCGGACAUCUGGGCUCUGGGUUGUGUUAUGUACACUCUGCUCCUGGGAAAGCCUCCGUUUGAGACCAAUAACCUAAAAGAGACAUAUCGCUGUAUCAAAGAAGCCCGCUACUCUGUGCCCUCCAGCCUGUCUCUUCCUGCCAGACAGCUCAUCGCCUGCAUGCUCUCUCGUGACCCCAUAGACCGCCCGCGACUCGACCAAAUUGCACAGCAUGAAUUUCUCUCACAGGGCUUCAUACCCGAGACUUUGCCUUCCAGCUGCUGUCUCUCUGCUCCUGACUUCCAUAUCUCAAGCCCUGCCAAGAGCUUUUUCAAAAAGGCUGCAGCUGCCCUGUUUGGUGGAAAACGAGACAAAGCCAAGUACUAUGAGAAUCUCAAUAAGACAGCCAAAGAAGAAGACGACAUCUACAAACUUUGCAAUGAUCUAAAAACUACCUCAAUUAAUCAACUUCCUGUUACGCCACAAGUCGAGGAAAGAGUGACUUCAUCACUACCGGUAGGAAAACCUGUUUCCCAGGCAACAGUCACACAGCCGGAGGCCCGAGACACCAUCACUAUGAUCGUCAGAGGCAGCCUGGGGAGCUGCAGCAGCAACAGUGAAUCUGUAGGUCUGGAGGACAGCACAACUGGUUCUGUUGCACAAGCUGUUGCAAGUGUACUUCGAGGAUGCUUGGAGCACAUGCCCACAGCAGAGAAGCUCCCCAAGGCUAGUGGAUGCAGCAUCCUGCAGUGGGUGACUAAGUGGGUGGAUUAUUCCAACAAGUACGGCUUCGGCUAUCAGCUGGCCGACAACACCGUGGGUGUCCUCUUCAACAGCGGAACACACAUGAGUCUUCUAGCUGACAAAACAACUGUGUUGCAGCAUGCAGAGAUGGGUCAGUGUGCUGUAAUGUACACAACAGAUGUUCCUGAGAACUGUGUGGGCCAGGUCACUAUCCUCAAGUACUUCGCUCACUACAUGGAGGAAAACCUAAUGGAUGGAGGUGAUAUGGUAAUUGAUACUGAUACUGAAAAGCCCAGAAUAUAUCUGCUGCAGUGGUUAAAAUCAGACCGGGCUCUUAUGAUGCUCUUCAAUGAUGGUACAUUCCAGGUGAACUUCUACCACGACCACACCAAACUUAUUCUGUGCACCCAGCAGGACGACUACCUGAUGACGUACAUCAAUGAAGAACGCACAUCCUCUACGUUUGAACUAAGCAAGCUCUUAAGCUCCGGAUGCACCUCGGAGCUCCACAGCCGCAUGAUGUAUGCCCUUAACAUGCUCCAGCAAAGAUGCAAACGAGAACAAUGAAACAACAGGACAGUAUACAGGCACAGGAAAGAAAGUGUGGACUGUACAUUCUCAGAAGCACAGAAGCAGACCUGAACUGUUUAUUUUUGGCUUACAGAUUUAGGCUGUAACAGAAAGUGUAACUGGAGAGUGAUAUUAAGGUAGGGUUUUCAACAGAAGGGUUUAUUUAACAAUGUAGCAUUUUAGAAGGGCUGUGAAAAGAUGCCGGGCUGGAACCAAAGUAUAUCGAAAUGUACACUAUAUGGACAAAAUUAUUGGGACAGCCGUUCUAAUUUUUUAAUUUAUGUGUUUCAGCCACAACACCUGCUAACAGGUGCAAUAUAUCAAUUAUAUAAAUGAAAAGAUAUGCUUCCAACUUUGCUGCAACAGUUUAGAGAAGGCCCUUUCCUUUACCAGUAUUGCUGUGGCCCUGUGCACAAAACAUGGUCUAUAAAGACAUGAAGAAAUGUUUGGUUUGAAGAAACGUCAGUGACCUGAACAGAGCCCUGACCUCAGCCCCACUAAACAGCUUUGGAAUGAAGAAGAAAAUCAGUUGUGGCUUUCCUGGCCUGAUCAGUGCCCAGCUAUACAAAUGCUCACUUAGACAAAAUAGAGGGCAUUCUAUUUUAAUACCACUUGUUUUUGAAAUGGGAUCUCCAACAAUCUCAUGGUCAGGCAUCUAAAUACUUUUGACCAUAGAGUGUAUCUGGGUCUACAGUCAUAGAGCAGAGAUCACUUUAUUUUAGUACCAUUUGUUUUGAAAUUGGAUGUCCAACAAGCUCACAGUCAGGCGUCCAAAUACUUUUGGCCAUAUAGUGUAUCUGGGUCUAGGAAAGUCAUAGAGCAGAGCCAGACUUCAAGCAAAAAAAAUUGUCUCUAGAUGAGACUAAUAAUGUGAACUUGCAUGUGAGUGUGUGGACCUUAAGGUGUGCAAGACAUGCAAAUAUUUAUUAUGUAAAUAGUUCCCUUAAUUUAUUUAAAAAAUAAAACAAAUAUAUAAACAA